CUGACAUCAGAGCCGCAGGCGGGCGGAGGGAGCCAGCUGAGCCGAAGCAGAGUCCCAGCGAGAGAACAGGCGGGCGGGCCAGGCGCUCAGCAACUGCGGACCUUGGCGGGAUCUCAGCGCCAGCCACCUUGGGCCUCGCAGCCAGCCCCGAGGCGGGGCAUCUGCAGAUAUGUGUCCAGGUGUUGUGCAUGCUGGUAUCUCAAAAGGAGCCCUGGCUGUGGCCGGGGGGCAGUGGGCCAUGCCGGGGGCAGUGGAAGGCCCCAACUGGAAGCAGGCGGAGGACAUUAGGGACAUUUACGACUUCCGUGAUGUUCUGGGAACUGGGGCCUUCUCAGAGGUAAUCCUGGCAGAAGACAAAAGGACUCAGAAGCUGGUGGCCAUCAAAUGCAUCGCCAAGAAGGCUCUGGAGGGCAAGGAGGGCAGCAUGGAAAAUGAGAUUGCUGUGUUGCACAAGAUCAAGCACCCCAACAUUGUUGCCCUGGAUGACAUCUAUGAGAGUGGGGGCCACCUCUAUCUCAUCAUGCAGCUGGUGUCAGGAGGGGAGCUGUUUGACCGCAUUGUGGAAAAAGGCUUUUACACGGAGCGGGAUGCCAGCCGUCUUAUAUUCCAAGUGCUGGAUGCUGUCAAGUAUCUGCAUGACCUGGGCAUUGUACACCGGGACCUCAAGCCAGAGAAUCUGCUGUACUACAACCUGGAUGAAGACUCCAAGAUCAUGAUCUCCGACUUUGGCCUCUCCAAGAUGGAGGACCCUGGCAGUGUACUCUCCACGGCCUGCGGGACUCCAGGAUACGUGGCCCCUGAGGUCCUGGCCCAGAAACCCUACAGCAAGGCAGUGGAUUGCUGGUCCAUUGGAGUCAUUGCCUAUAUCCUGCUCUGCGGUUACCCCCCCUUCUAUGACGAGAAUGAUGCCAAACUCUUUGAACAGAUUUUGAAGGCCGAGUACGAGUUUGACUCUCCUUACUGGGACGACAUCUCUGACUCUGCCAAAGAUUUCAUCAGGCACUUGAUGGAGAAGGAUCCAGAGAAGAGGUUCACCUGUGAGCAGGCCUUGCAGCACCCAUGGAUUGCAGGAGAUACGGCUCUAGAUAAGAAUAUUCACCAGUCAGUGAGUGAGCAGAUCAAGAAGAACUUUGCCAAGAGCAAGUGGAAGCAAGCCUUCAAUGCCACGGCUGUGGUGCGGCACAUGAGGAAGCUACAGCUGGGCACCAGCCAGGAGGGGCAGGGAUCGACGGCGAGCCACGGGGAGCUGCUGACACCAGCAGCUGCAGGGCCAGUGGCUGGCUGCUGCUGUCGAGACUGCUGUGUGGAGCCGGGCCCGGAAAUGUCCCCCAGGCUGUCCCCCCAGCUCUAGGUCCCUGGAUCCAGGGUCAGGAUCCCCUGUGUGUGAGAGAUUGGGGGCAGACUGCUCCCCUU